CCAAAAGCCAAGCACGAAACUGAAGCAAACUAGACGAAACCAUCACUCCCCGCCAACCAAAAGAAUAACGUAAGAGAACUAAAGAAAGCAGAAGCAGAGUUAAUGUUACAAUACGCAAUGGCGUUACUAAAACUCCGUCAGAGUUCCUUCCUUUCUCCGCCCUUCCUCCGCCGCUUCUGUUCCGUUCCACCGCCACCAAGUGAAUCAAACGACGCCGAACUGCUGUCGAAUCUCCUCCUGCAGCACCACAACCCCUUCCACGCCGCGGAAUCGAGCCUCCAGCUCCACGGCGUCACCCUCACCCCCGACCUCCUCUUCCAAACCCUCCUCCGCCUCAAGCACCACUCCAAGAUAGCCCUCUCCCUCUUCCACUACGCCAAAACCCUCCCCAAUCCCCCUCUCACCCACGCCUCCUACACGCUCCUCAUCGAUUCCGUCGCCAAGGUUCGCCAAUUCGACGUUGCAUGGCAACUCAUCGUCGAAAUGGCUCAGCGCGACCUCCACCCAACCCCCGCCACCUUCCUAACCCUAAUUCGUCGCCUCAUAGCGGCCGGCCUCACGCGCCAGGCGGUACGCGCCUUCCACGACAUCGACGCCUUUGCCAAAACGACUCCCGACGACUUCUGCUUCCUGCUCGACACGCUCUGCAAGUACGGCUACGUCAGACUUGCCGUUGAGGUUUUCAACAGAAACAGAACCACUUUCCCUCCCAGCGUGAAAAUGUACACUGUUUUGAUCUACGGGUGGUGCAAGCUGGGGAAGGUUAAAAUGGCGCAAACGUUUCUGAACGAAAUGAUUGAGCGAGGGAUUGAGCCUAAUGUUGUUACUUAUAACGUUUUGUUGAAUGGGGUUUGUAGGAAGGUGAGUUUGCACCCGGAGGAGAGGUUUGAGAGGACCAUAAGGAAUGCAGAGGAGGUGUUUGAUCAAAUGCGUAAGAACAGGAUUGAGCCGGAUGUGACCAGCUUUUCGAUUUUGCUUCACGUUUAUAGCCGCGCUCAUAAGCCGGACCUGGUGCUUGAUAAGUUGAGGUUGAUGAAGGAGAAAGGGAUUUUUCCCAAUGUGGUGAUGUAUACGUCGGUUAUCAAGUGUCUUGCUUCGUGUGGGAGGCUUGAGGAUGCAGAGAGGUUGCUAGAGGAGAUGGUGAAGGAUGGAGUGAGUCCAUGUGCCGCAACGUAUAAUUGCUUCUUUAAGGAGUAUAGAGGGAGGAAGGAUGCUGAGAGUGCUUUGAGGAUGUUUAAGAGGAUGAAAGAGGAUGGGUUCUGUGCGCCAAGCUCGCACACCUAUGUGAUUUUGAUUAGGAUGUUUUUGAGGUUGGACAAGAUCAGAGUUGUGAAGGAAAUAUGGGAUGAUAUGAAGAUCAUUGGAGCAGGGCCGGAUUUGGAUUUGUACACGGUUUUGAUACAUGGGUUGUGUGAGAGGCAGAACUGGAGGGAGGCUUGCCAUUAUUUUGUUGAGAUGAUAGAGAAUGGGUUUCUUCCUCUGAAAGGUACCUUUGAGACCCUUUACAGGGGCCUAAUUCAGGCUGAUAUGUUGAGGACUUGGAGGAGAUUGAAGAAGAAGCUUGAUGAAGAAUCGAUAGCUUUUGGUUCAGAGUUUCAGAAUUAUCAAUUGAAACCUUAUAGGAGAUAAGUCAUCACACACAGGGAUCCCAAUUCCAAGCACUUGGGGACUACAGUAUGGGAUGCAUCACUUGUGUUUGCUAAGUUUCUUCUAUAUAGGUCACAAGAAUUUGCCACUUAUUCAUAGCUAUGAUGUCAUUCAAGCACUUUCUAAAAGUAUUCGUAGAUCAGACAUAUGGAUGACCUUGUAAUUGCUUACAUUGUUAGGUUCAAUCACAAGCAUGGAAAAAAAUAUUGGCCAAACAUUAUCCAAUUCUUCCAGAACAUUGUUCUGCCACAAGAAGCUACCACUGUUCAGAAGUGCUACCUUGUGCUUGCCAGCAAGUCAAGGAAAUGUUUUCCAAGAUAGAUCCUUACUUUGACAAGUUGUCAGAUGCCACGGUCACUUGAAGCUUGGGAUGAGCUUAACCUUGUUGGAGCAUCACUGGCCAAUGGAAAAACAUGAAUCAGCUCUGGUAAACUGCAUAGCAGCGACAAAACUUGCAACUCAAAUUAAUUAUACUGUAUUAUUUGGUCUAGUAUGUAUUUUCAACUUCGCUGUUAUUGUCCUCUUAAAAUAUGCAGCACUAUUGGCUAUAACCCUAUUAGUAACUAUUGGUUUGAGCUUUUAGAAAUAAGCACAUGUUAUAGGAUGUUAUUUUUCUUUUGAUUAUUGUUUGAUGGUUAGAGAUCGGAUAGCACCUUUUUGUUACAUUUGACAUAAUUGGACAGAUAUUGAUGUACCUUGUUUAAUGUGCUUGUAUAUUAGAAAUAAUAAACGUUAUAAUUAAGAAUGA